AUGCCUAUUGAGUGUUCGGACGACUCUGUCAUUCAUGCGUCUGCAACAAUAUCCUCAUCUUUAGCAUUAGUCAAAACGGCUCCUUCUUGUGCAAGCAGCUCUACCACAUCCACUCCCAGCAGUCCAAUGAGCAUCUCUAGCAGUGGUGUCGACCUCAGCCAACAGGUGCAAGCAGCUCUGACGCGUCUUUUGAGUGUGAGCUCUACUUUUAAGGACCUUCAGCCGGGAAAGGACACACAAGUAUCUACACGUGAGGAGACCAUUGCCAUGAUGCAACACUACCUCAAACGUCUGCACUUGGAAGAGGUAGUGGACAGCAGCUCCCCCAAAGCGCUCUCAGUAGUGCACGUGGCUGGAACCAAGGGCAAAGGAUCUACAUGUGCCAUGGUGGAACGCAUUUUGCGUCAGGCAGGCUACAAGACGGGGCUUUUUACGUCGCCUCAUCUUGUCUCGCCCUGUGAACGCUUCCGCAUCAACGGAAAACCCAUCGCUGACGAUGUGUUUCUGAGGCAUUUUAAUGCAGUGUGGGGUGGAUUAGAACGCACACAGGAAAAUAGCGGUCCAUACCCGCCGAUGGCCUGGUUUUUUCGCUUUCUUACGCUUAUGGCGCUGCAUCUCUUUGCCGACGAACAAGUGGACGUGGUUGUUUUAGAAGUCGGACUAGGAGGGAGAUUGGAUGCUACCAAUGUGUUCCGUAAGCCGGUGGUAUGUGGCAUUUCGACGCUUGAUCUGGACCACACGCGUGUGCUGGGCGAGACCAUUGAUCUAAUUGCCUGCGCAAAGGCCGGGAUUUUUAAACCCGGGGUGUUAGCAUUUACCACCGCACAGGAGCCGCUUGCUAUGCAGAUGCUAGAGAAAUGUGCCAUAGAGACUGGCACACCUCUUGUAAGUGUGCCGACGCUUGACGGCUUUGGACCCGACGGAGCGGGCUGUAAGCUAGGUAUGCACGGAGACUAUCAGCGUACAAAUGCAGGACUAGCAGUGGCACUUGCGUCUACAUGGCUGCGGCACAGGCGUGGAGAAGAUCUUGCUGCACCACUCGACCUGGCUUGGGCGCUUGAACCGGUGGUAAAGGAAGGACUGAAGUACGCAUUUUGGCCUGGCCGAGCGCACCUGUGGGAAGAUGAAGCGCACAAGAUGCGUUUCUAUAUCGAUGGUGCGCACACGCUGCGCAGCCUUAAGUGUUGUGCGGACUGGUUUCACCAAGAUGCAAUUCGAACAGCCCUGGUUCAUAAGCGUGUGCUCAUAUUUACGAUUCAUCACGAGCGCAAUGUGGCACAGCUAAUCGAGCCGCUUGUAAAGCAUUUCUUUGAUCGCGUCUACUUUUGCCCGACGAGCUCAUCCCGCCCUAGUCUGGCCAAACUUCAUACGUUUUCGGAAGCUCUUGAGAUUGCGGGUUAUGGAGAAGUAUUGGCCACAUAUUUGCCGGAAGAGUUGGCGGCGCUGGAUGAUGUGGAUAGCGAAGUGCACCCAUGGCAAACGACCCUUUCACGAAUCUGGAAGGCACUGAAGACUCACGUUAUCAAGGAGAAUCAGAGCAAGUGCGUCGUUGCUGUGAAAGACUCGGUCGUAGAUUGCAUCGAUGAGCUGCGCGCGCUUACCAAGGAUGCUAGCGUUCCACUGAUAAAGGAUGCUUUGAAGAACGACCAGUGGGACGAGAACUGGAGCGUCCUCGUGACAGGUUCAUUGUACCUUGGUGGCGAGGUGCUGGAUUUCCUGGGAUGGCAAGAAUAA